CAAUGUAUGAUUUUGUGUUACAGGUUGGCAGCAUGAAAAACACCCGAUACAUAACGGUGACCUCGACAUUCGAGAAGAGCUUCGAGACCCCAGAGCCCACUUCGACGAAGAGAACGGAGCCCCUCACAGAAAACAUCCUCGCCACUUCCAGCAAUUACGCGAAGGAUAACAAUUACUUGGAUUCGAGCAUCGCGACCCUGCCUCCUAUUUAUCUCGCAUCAGACAUGGAAACCCCACCUCUGGAGACGCUCACAGAGACGUUCAGCACGACUCAGACAAUGCUGAAGACACACAUUUUGCCUGUCGUUCGCAACGGGAACGACACCACUAGUUCAACUUUAGUGCAAACGUACAUAGUAACGAGAGUGGUGACAGCCAGUAAGACACUACCACCCAUGGACGCAUAUAACUUCAUACCCAGCAAGACCCUGAACGAAUUCAACAGCCACUUAGACGAAGCCGGAUCUGAACUCCACUUGGAACUUGAAUUCGGCGACCAGAACGACCAGGAAGACGGCCAGUUAAAGAAAGUAGCCUUCCAAGACCUAGACCUGGCAAAUAUCGGUUCCGACUUUGACUUGUCGGACGUAGAUAAGUCCAAACUUGAGGGUCACUUACGUCUGAAGAAGGCGCACGCUCCACAAAAACCUACAGCGAACGAACUGGUUACUCCAGCCUUAAAUCCAGAUCAGCUUCAGCAGUUAGCUUUGCUGAGACUGUUAAACCCUGCAGCAGCCCAAGGCCAAGUAAUCACCACCUCAAAACCAGUACUUAAAGUAGAGACAGUGUACGAAACACACGUCCUACCUGUUACCCAAGGCCAAAAUACAAUCCUCAGUACCAUUUCCAAAAUCAAAGGCACGUUCACCAAGACAGACUUCGAGUUUGGUACAAGUACCAUUGCUCCUGCCCUACCCAUUCCUCCUCUUGUGCCACAGAUCCCACAGUUGCCACAGAUACCGCAGAUACCACAGAUACCACAGCUGAAUCCAUUCCUACCCCAAGCUCAACCACAAUUUGCUGUAACGUCGUCACCAGUUACCCAGAGCACUGUGAUUACUCAAACAAACAGCAAGGUGCUCAAAUUAACCUUUGGAGCCAAGACAGCUCAAACUACUGUCUUCUCCACGACAGUAGUGCCCACUGUUCUGACGUCAUACGUGACUGCUUCUGUACCUGUAGCGCCGACUGCUGCCGCCUUUCCUGGAUACUAUCCUCAACCGUUCCCCGCAGGAUAUCCGUACGUAGGUUGAAGCGUAGGUAGAAAUUAUAUUUAUUUAUUAACGGACUAGUGCAGCUUGAGUAACCCGGACUAAAUUCUAGUGAAUUAUAGUGAUAUGGAACACUUGGAUAAGUGAUGUUUGAUAAACGCGAACUGCAUUUACAUCGUAAAUAGGUAGUGACCUUUCAAUCAUGUAUUGUAUAUAAACAUAAAUCAUUUUUUUACGAAUCAUCGAAGAGUUGGAUCUACUCUUAGUUUGUAUAGUUAGAUUUAGUGAUAUUUUGUACUGAUUCAUUAUUUAUAUUGUUAUACUGUAAUAGUCACUUACAUGUAAAAAUUUCGUUUUGUAUAUUUUGUAAAAAUAUUUUCGUGCAAUAAUGUAUUCAUCAUAAGAUUAAUUUAAUA